AUGAGUAAUUGGAACAAUUUGUUAACAUGGGUCGCCAACCAAAAGGCCCCAUCUGGCGCACCAUCCGGCUACACUGCCUACGUUGCCACCAUCACAAGUGGCGACGAGUGGAACUUUAUCCAAAACUCAGUGACCAACGGUAAAGACUCCUCCUACUACGUGUCUCAACAAAGGGCCUCACGCAACCUGUUCACCUACACCUCUGGACCCGAGUCCGACAUGCCCCAAUACGACAUUGUCACUGGAGAGUGCAAUACCUUUUGUUUGUGGGCCCCUGGCAAGCCGGACAACUUGCAAGCCAACAGUGUGUACUAUAGUUCUUCCGACAAAGCCUUCUCAAGUGACCUAUUCAAUACUGAUUACUCACCAAUUCGUGUAUUGAUUGAGUGGGGACCAAGUGGAGACCUCUACGUUGCCCCUGCACCCACUGCUGGAGGACCUGCCGACAUCACCAACUUGAUCUCCUUCAAUCAGGCUACCCUUACCGUGACCAUGACACCACCAGGAGGUUCCCCAGUAACCAUUCCAUGGGUACGCAAGUCAACCACCUCUGUAACAGCCACAUUCCCAUCCGGUUCGGGACUCAACUCAAUCACCAUCACCGAUGGAACCAAGACCUAUACCAACACUAUCUAUCGUUACCAAAGUCCAUGGAUUGAAAUGGUAUACCCAUCCUACGCUUCGGGUAGUACAUUGACUAUGACUGGAAAGAACUUUGGUGCUUCUAACACUGACCUUCGUAUCAGUCUCGGUUCUCUCGCCAAGCCAUGUGGUAACAUCAAUAUCAUUACCAAACAUACCCUAUUCACUUGUACACUACCUUAUGAGGCCACUCCGACCGUCCCAAUAUUCCCAAUUGUCUCCCAACAGAGCACCUCAGACUCCUUCUCCUCCUCAAUCAUUGCAAUCUACGACAAGUUCAACAUGAGAGCACUCAAACUCCAUUCUGCACCAAUCGGAUGGUUUCAAUGUAUUUACCAACUUACUAGUUCCGUCGGAUACCAGGUGAACAGCUACCCUGGUUAUAUGACAGUGCCUUCGUCGUUCUCUCAGGUGGACAUGGUGCGCAAGGUGUUCCCAAUGUCAUUGGCCAAUCGCUUCCACGUCGGUAUCACCGGACAGGGUAGCGCAGCUGAGAUGAACAACCAAGGAGGUCCAUUCGAUCGCACUCAAGUAGUCAGCAACACAAAGGUGUGUGAUGCGUCCAAGCUCGUCUACUGCACCCCACCCUUCACCGGUGGUCUCGCCUCGGGUGUCUACUCAUCAUACGACUACUCAAAGGACUUGUACUAUGCUAACCCCAACGGCAACAACUAUGGAUGUGCAUUCCAAUACGGAGUAAACCCAACUACCAAUGACACUACUACCAAGCGUGUCCCAACCCGCGGUGGCACGUUCAACGUCACCAUGCCAACAGGCACCGGCUUCCUUUUGACCAACAGGACGCUUGUCGUAGGCGGCAAGGUCAUCCCAUCGACCUUCAUUCUCUUCCCAUCAGUGCUCCAAGUGACCACAGGCCCAGGUACUGGUAACACCCGUCCAUCGAGCAUCAUCUUUGAGUCCUACUCUAUGACUAUCCCAUCAGUUGGUUUCAUCGCUCCAACUGCCAACAAAAUCACCUCGCUCCCCACCCGCGGUGGUCCCGUCGUCAUCAUGGGCGACAACUUUGGAACUGAUGCAUCGUUGAUCACCGUCACCAUUGGCAAGAAGCCAUGCACCUCUGUGACCAUCGUCAGCCCCCACACGACCAUCUCUUGCAACGGCCCACCAGGUGUUGGUAUGUUUGUGACUGUCAACGUCAACGUCGAUGGCCAGGACCAAUCCAACCACUUGUCAACCAAGUACGACGCCCCAGCCAUCGAGUCUGCCUACCACUUCGGUCUCACCCUCACUGUUGUUGGUACCAACCUUGGCAACUUACCAUCUGAUGCUGCCUUCCACUACCCAACCGACGCCACCAUCAUCUCACUCACUCUAAAUGACAACGGUACUGAGACCAUCAUUGGCAACUUGUCGCCACUCAAAACGCAAAAUGGAGACCUGUCAGUCUCUGUUGGCAGCCAGUCCGCAACAUUCCCCAUGUCCUACACCCCUAUGCUCUCGGCCGUCGAGCCCUCGCCAGUCGCCGCAGAAGCCACCAUCACAUUGACCGGAUACUUGAUGAAUGGCCGUCGUCAGGACUACACAACUGUCAACGGCUCGGUCACAGUCGAUGGUAAACCAUGCCUCGGUGUGUCAUUCUCCAACAACGCAACGUUCAAUCUCAUUCAAUGUACCGCUCCCAAGGGCACCGGCAAGAACCUGCCUGUCCAGGUGACCAUUGAUGACGAGCCAUCAAACAUCAUCAACACCUUUACAUACUUGCCACCCGUGAUCACCAACUUCCAACAGGUUGAUACCAUUGCCACCAUCGCCGGAGACAACUUUGGCGACGACUACACCGUCGUCCAAGUGAGCUACAAUGGCAAUACACCAGUUGCUGCCACCGGUAUCCACUUGACCCGUAACUCUAUGAUCGUCCCCAUUCCCCUCGACACACUCAACGGCAACGUUGUGAUCAUUGUCAAUGGCCAGCCAUCCGCUCCAUUCCCAUUGAUCCUUGCGCCAAUCAUCCAACAAGCCUCUACCCUUGCCACUUUGGGCGGCGACCUCACCCUGACUGGUCUGUUCUUCAACGAACUCGAUGCCUCUGGAGCCAAGAUGGACAUUACCGUUACCAAGGACCACGUGCUCUGGUGUACCAAUGCCGUGAUCACAGUCAGCAACACCGAGAUUGUGUGCCAGGCUCCAGCUGGAACUGGUGCCAACAUCACCAUCGAGUUGGACAUCGGUCUUUCAUUCGAUGACUAUCAAGUAUCUUAUGCCGCACCAAUCAUUAGUGGAGUGGUCGUCACAAGCACUGACAUCACCGUCACCGGACUCAACUUCGGAAGUGUAUUAUCCGACAUUCAACUGAUGUUGCCAAAUGAGCUUGGAUUGACUACCGCAGUUCCCGCUAAGACACUCCCAACAUCCGACCAAGUCGUUACAUUCACUGAUCUCCCAGAGGAUGUGCUCAGCGGUGACCUGUUCAUCCAGGUCAGUGGCCAGAGCUCCAUAACUACCAGCUACACACUUGUCCCAACUAUUGAGAGCAUUGGACUCGUCUCUACAGAGGGUGGAGUUGUCACCAUAUUCGGGCGCCAUCUGACUCAGAAGCGAUCAAACUCCUCAUUCACCGACGUCCAAGUCAUGGUCUCAGGUCAAGAGUGCAGCAGUGUUGUUGUCAAUCAGUUCACCAAUAUCACAUGCACAGUUCAGGCUGGUACUGGUGUCGCCAACCCCACCACUGUGACCAUUGAUGGCGCAGUUUCCAACAGCUAUCCACUCGCCUACAUGAAGCCAACCCUCACCUCCUGGACCCAGACCGAUGCCACUUUCACCGUGAUUGGUACCAACUUUGGAAACGUCCCAGCAGUCGCCUCGUCCACCUUUGGCGCCCUGACCUCGCAAGCCCUCAGCGCCAACCAGGUUCAGCUCACUGGAUACAUUCCAGCCUUUGCUCAAUCUGGUGAGCUGUUUGUCACAGUCGACACCCAACCAUCCAACGCCAUUGAUAUCACCCUCACUCCAAUGAUCGAGUCCAUCACAUCGACCACCACCUCUGGCGGCCCCAUCACAAUUCUCGGCAACUAUCUCAACGCUGAGCGUCAGAACAAGACCGGCACAGUCAUCAAUGUCAUGUUCCAGUUGUCAUCUGGUUCAAAGGAAUGCACCCUCCCAGCUGUCUUGCCACCAAUCGAUGGAUACUCUGCACUCCAGUGUGAUGCCCCAGCCGGUACCGGUAACAACAUCCCAGUGAUUGUUACAAUUGAUGGAAUGUCAGCAACCGACUACUUCUCCUACGGUGCACCCGUUGUAUCCAAGGUUACAGUGAGUGAGACCAACCAGGUGACUGUCACUGGCACCAACUUUGGAACUAACCCCGCCACAGUCAAGGUCAUGUUGGGAUCUGUGUCUGUCACACAGUUUGAUCUUCAAGAUACGGUGAUCACCUUCCUCGCACCUUUGACCUCGCGCAAUGGAAUGGUCAUCAUUACUGUCGACGACCGCGCGUCCAAUGGACUCUCAGCCAUCCUCUACCCAUUGCUCUCGACUGCCACCAAGUCCGACACUCAGGGCUCACAGGUCACCGUGUCUGGUACCUACCUCAAUCACUUCCGCAGUGACAACAUCCCAACCAAUGUCACUGUCGCAGUUGACGGCCAGGCCUGUACCGCUGUUAGCUGGACUGUCGAUGAUGCCAAUUUAUUGUGCACUGCUCCCGCCGGUACAGGUGUCAGCCACACAUUGACCUUGACCAUCGAUGAUCGUAGUGGAUCUGUUGCACUCAAGUACAAUGCCCCAUCAAUCACUGGUGUCACCCAACAAGCUGACAUCAUCUCGAUCCAAGGUGCCAACUUUGGCAAGGCCGUGGCAACAUCAUCACUCUCCAACAAUUAUAAGAUCCAAUCCGUUGUUGAUGAUCUGGUCGUAGCCAAGAUCGACCCCAAUGCUCGCAACAACAAGUUCACCAUCACAGUCGACACCCAGCCAUCCAACGACUUCCAACUCAACAUCCAACCUCUUGAUAUCCAGACCCAGCCCAUCUCGCCAAGCGGCGGCAUGGUAACAAUCACUGGACGUUACCUCAACACUCUCCGUUCAGACAGCUCAUCAACCGAGAUCACUGUCACUGUUGAUGGCCAAGCAUGCCCUGUUCAGACCUCUGCCAGCAGCACUGAUGGUUCGUUGUUGGUGUGUAGCCUCGGCCAAGGAUCAUUCAACCAAGCAGUUGUUAGCGUGACCAUCGAUGGAAAGACUGGUGUGGGUGCCUUCAGCUCCCUCUCCCCAACCGUCACCAGCUCAACCCAACUCUUCUACCUUGUCGGAGGAGACAUUACUGUCACUGGAACCAACUUCAUAGCGCCCCUCACUGUCACCAUCGGCUCCAACAACGUACCAUGCAUCAAUGCUAUCUUGGUUGAUCAGACCUCCCUCAUCUGUCUCUUUGACGCCUCGGUACAGCAAGUUGAUGCCGCUACCAAGAUCACUGUACAAGUCAAGGCCGCCACUCAGACAUCCGCCCCAGCCGCUGUGUUGGCCUACCUCCAGGACCAAUGUCCAUCAGGCUGCUCAAACAAUGGCAUCUGCGUGUCUGGCUUCUGUCAGUGCAACCAAGGAUUCUCUGGAUCAAUCUGUGACAUCCGUUACGACGCCCAGGUCGUGCCAUCCUCCAUCAGCCCAGUCUCCGCCCAAUUCCUCUCCAACAUCUCAUUCAGUGUCGCCAUCGAGUCUGUUCGCGAGUUGUCCCCCACUGGAUCAGUAGUGCGCACCGUCCAAACAUCAUCCAUGAUGUGGACACAAGAUGGUGCCUCUGUUAUUGACGAGUCAUACCGUCAAUUCACAAACAGGGGUGUCAUCAGCGCCGAAGAUUCAUUCGUCAUGACUGUCACUAGCUCAUGGAUGUUGGCCGACAACACCACCACCUUUGUCGGCGAGAGCUUGCCCAAUCCCGCCAACAGUAUCAAGCACCAGAUCGCCAUGUCUGGCUGGAAGUUUGCCAGCCAGGAAAACUCACUCCAGCUGAUCUAUCGAGCUUCAUACCCCGCCAACCUCACCCAGCUCGAUUGCAAGAACGUCUCAGUGGCCACGACCAACUACAACAGCGACAUCACCACAUCGAUGAAGUCACUCACAGUUGACUCACCAUAUGGUCUGAUCGUUGGCAACUUCCCAAGUCGUAUGAUCAAGGAUGGUGUUAACCGUCUGCUCAAUGUUCAGUUGGUCCCAGCCACUGGAGAUGAUAAUAAUGCUGCCGGCAGCAGUGUUGUAGUUGCAUUGAACAUCCCAUCAUUCAACAAGGAUGUCGUGGUCGACCCUUCAUUCGUGUCCUAUUCCAAGACGACACCAACUCAACAAACUUGCCACACUGGAUCAUCCGGUGGCAAGUCCAGAUCAUGGGUUAUCCCAGUUGCCGUCGUUGUUCCAAUAGUCGGUGUUGCCCUCAUUGCUGGCGCCAGUGUCCUAGUCUACAAGAAGAUGCAGAAUCGUCGCAUGGAAAACAAGAUGGGUAGGAUGUAA